CUUCCCACCUUAUCUGGUUCCCUGGCAACCCAGGCGCCCAGGUUCUGCCUUGGAACCCUGCAUUUGUCCAGGGAACUCAGGCACUUGGGUGCUAAGUUUAGGUCAUGGGCUGGUGGUUUGUGGCCCUGAUGCUGAUGUUGGUCCCCUGGCACCCUCGAAACCCUGGCUUGUGGCUGUGGGUCCUGAUGUCCUGCCUCCCUGAGGUGCACCCCUGCCUGCUCUGCUUCGGGCCCCCCCUUCAGCGGGCACGGCUUUGCCGUGACAUUACUGGAGCCUUUGCCAAUAACCCUGAACUUAAAGAAUGCCAUGAGGCCCUUGUUGAGGCUGCUCAACCACUUGCCUCCGUCACUGUAGGGUCAGGACAGCGUGAGGAACUUCGGGAAAUCGUCAUGGAUGCUAUGUUUUUUUUAGAGGAGCAAAGGGGCAAGAGUGAGCAGAAUGAGGGACGGUGUAUGAAGGUCUAUGGGGACCAGGGGGAGGGCACAUUGUCUUACCUGAACAUUUGGGACACACCAGAACCCCUGAACGAGACUCUGCAGGAAGCUGUCAACACAAUCUGGACAAAGCUGAACCAACUGGGGAAAGUUCCAGCCUGUAUCCCACCCUGUGGAUUCCAGCCAGCUGCCCGUGUCUUCCAGUGUGCUACCUGCAGCCUGGUGGACUGUCAGUUUGCCCUGGACUGCCCAGUGCAGGACCUGUGGACCUACACGGAUGAAACCAUUGUGCUGCGCUGCAACGUGCCUUUCCACACCCCCAGCAGCCUGCCCGUCACCUGGAUGUUUGCCCCCAAUCUGCGCACACAGGACAUGACACUGUUCAAGGAGCUGAAGGGGAAUCCAGAGAAGCCCUUCAGUCUGACCAUUGAGGAACCUGCUCCAGGAACCGUUGCCUGUCGCCUGGGGGAGCCUUCCAAGCCCAUUAUCCGCAAGUUCUUCUACCUCAACGUGUCAGAGGGAAGCGUGGAGGAAGAGAAAGGACUCCAGGCUGUGUUCAGCACUGUGCUGCACAGGCUCCAUGACAAGACCCCCGUGCCCCACACACCAACCAUGGGGCUGGCUCUGGCUGCCGGCUCCAUGGCAUUCAUUCUGCUGCUGAUGUGAGUACUCCUCCCCUGGUGAACUGUACUCUGAAAAUUCCCAUGCUUCUGGAGCUCUUCACAGACCAGCAUGGGACUCCCCAUCCCCUCUGGAUUCUCCGUCCCUUGGGAUUCCCUGAAGUACAAGGGGAACACAGGUAUCCAAGGGUGGGCUAAAGACUGCCAGGACUCCUAAAUUCACAGGAGCCUCCAUGUCUCCUGGGACUCCCUUUGCACUCUGACCCAUUCCAGGAUCUCCCCCAUGCACACAGCAGCACUCAAGGCUGCCUUUACUUCCCCCAGAUUCCCUAAUUGCCCCUGAAACCCUGAAACUUUCCCCUGUUUCCCCUAGAACCCUCUCUGUCCCUAUGGGGGCAGUUACCCCAAUUGUCCCCAGCACACCACAGCUUCACCCUUAGGCCCACCAGUUGCUCCAAGGACCCCCCAGUUGCCCCUUGAGCAACUAACGGGAAUAGGGUGUCCUCCCUGCUCCCCAUUCCUCCUUCUGUCUCCCAGAGCCAUCUGGCAAUGCCUCUGUGUCCAUCAGACGUGCCACAGAUGUGGACAUCAGGAUACCCAAGAGGAUUCAGAAUCCCCAGAUUCAUCGUAGGGGACUUCAGCACGUGGA